AAUACAUUCAAUAAUUCUCGGGUUCGUUAAAAGAAGAGGGGAAGUUUGUUAAGGCGAACGCACAGAUUUCCCGGUGCCGAAUUCAUACAACGGAAACCGGAAAAAUGGCGUACAGAAGGCGGCAGGGGAUCACCAGAGCCUCCACCUUCAAGGAAGAGAUUUACCAUCAGAGCGAUGACGACAAAUCUUCCAAUCCGCAGUUUACGUCCUCCCACUCGUUUUCCUCUUCGUCAUCGCAUCCGUUGUUAUCCCCGCGAUCGCCCGCUGAUUCCCUUGCCGCUCAGGCGAUCCGUGCCUCCGCGGCUCGCCGCGAGUCCCCUGUAUUCGGACGGGAUACUUCUCCUAGAUCUAAGGGCUUCAAUGCGUAUGAAGAUGCUAGAAAUGAUGCUAAAGGGUUUUGGGGUGUUCUAGCUCGGAAAGCUAAAGCUAUUCUUGAAGAUGAUGGUAUGUCUCAGCAAUUUGAUGCUCCAAAUGGUCCUCAGCAACAGCAGGCUCGACGGUCAUACCAAUCAACUGAAGGCAUCAGAAGAAUGGACAAUCCUACUAUAAGGAAGGGUUUGGAUAAAUUAACGACUUCCCUUAAUCACAUUGGUGAUACAUUUGAAAGGGCGUUUGAGGAAGGUCGGACAAUUGUGGAAAAUAAGACUGCAGAUAUCAUCCAAGAAACUCGCAAGCUUCAAAUUAUGAGGAAGGGAACCUAUCCAGAGGCACAAAAUCAAGACCUCAAUGUAAAUAAUAGUACAUGGCAGCAGCCUCUGACACAAGCAACACCGCUACAGAAUCAGACCAACCGUGAAACCCAACUCAAGGCAUCUCGCGACGUUGCAAUGGCUACAGCUGCUAAAGCAAAACUUCUUCUUCGGGAACUGAAAACUGUUAAAGCAGAUCUUGCUUUUGCAAAGGAAAGAUGCUCACAACUGGAGGAAGAGAACAAGAUCCUUCGUGAAAGUCGUGAAAAAGGGGGUAACCCUGCAGAUGAUGAUUUGAUUCGACUUCAGCUGGAGACUCUUUUGGCUGAAAAAGCACGUUUGGCCCAUGAGAAUUCAAUAUAUGCUCGUGAGAACCGUUUUCUGAGGGAAAUUGUCGAGUAUCAUCAACUUACAAUGCAAGAUGUGGUGUACUUAAACGAAGGUGCUGAAGAAGUUUCAGAAGUUUACCCUAUCCACCUACCUGUAAUCUCUGAAGCUCUUUCAACUACCACUCCGUCACCCAAGUCCCCUACAUCACCCAAGUCCUCUUCGUCACCUUCGGAUGAGACACCAUCUCCAACCCCACGAGAGGAGGCAAAAGAUGUAUCAAGAAGUGACGACCCACCAAGUUCAGGCACCUCCUUACCAAAGGAUGAAGCUGCAAAAAGACCUUCAACAUCUCCUGCUUGAUUUGAGUUGAAAGUUUUUCGUUUUUGGAUUUUGGUUAUGCCAGGAAAGGUUUCUGUUACAUGGGUUCUAUUUGAUAUUUUUUUCCCUUUUUUUUUUACAGUUCUAAGGAAGAGAGAAGGCAGGUGGAGAUAUUUUCUUUCUGUUGUGGAUGGAUUAUUCUUUUGUGUAUGUAAUUGUGAAUGCAGUUUUUUUGUCUGUUAUUAAAUAAAAAAUCCAAAAUUCU